AUGGCGGAGAACAAUGAUGCGCAGCAUGAGCAUACCUUCGAGUCGGCUGAUGCCGGUGCCUCGGCCACCUUUCCCAUGCAGUGCUCUGCCUUGAGGAAGAACGGCCACGUCGUCAUCAAGGGUCGUCCCUGCAAGAUCGUCGAAAUGUCCACCUCCAAGACUGGCAAGCACGGCCACGCCAAAGUCCACUUGGUCGCCAUCGACAUCUUCACCGGCAAGAAGUUGGAAGAUCUUUCUCCCUCCACCCACAACAUGGAUGUCCCCAACGUCAGCCGUCGCGAAUUCCAGCUCCUCGAUAUCACCGAUGAUGAUUUCCUUUCCCUCAUGGAUGACUCCGGCAACACCAAGGACGAUGUCAAGCUCCCCGAUGGCGAUCUUGGUGAUAGAAUUAAGAAGAUGGUCGAUGAUGGCAAGGACGUCAAUGUCAUUGUCAUGGCCGCCAUGGGUGAAGAGCUCGCCAUGGACGCCAAGGAGGCUCCCAAGGGCUCCUAA